AAUCUUUCACAGAACCCAUCUCUUCAGCACCAUCCACGGCAAUGGCAGCAUCAGCUACGACAACAAAGCCGAUUUUCUCCGCUCUUUCUCCGCUCUCUUUAUCUCUCCGUACAACUCCACGCCUCUCUGUUCUGUCGUUAAAACCCACAAAACUCCCCAAACUCACUCUCACAACUCGAGCCUCCAGCAAAUCGGACGACAUUGACACCUUUUUCUUCGACAACUAUAAUCCUGAUGAAGACGACGAUUUCGACCCACCUACUCCACCUGAGGACUACACUCCUCCUCCCUACUUUGAUGAAUACCCCGAAGAAACCGAGGAGGAGAUCGCCGCCGCCUACGAGGCCCUGUACGGACCCGCCUAUUCGGGAGUCUCUGUUCUUGGAAAUGACGUUUAUGUGAUGGACAAAAAUUUGAAAAAAACAACAAAGUGGGGAAAAAUUAAGAAGGAGAAAAUUAAGGACGGUUUCGAAGAGAGAGUGGUUCAAGUGAGGAGAGUUACGAAAGUGGUGAAAGGAGGGAAACGGUUGCGUUUUAGAGCAAUUGUUGUGGUUGGUGAUAAGAAAGGACAAGUGGGUGUUGGUGUGGGUAAAGCUAAAGAGGUUAUAGAUGCUGUUCAAAAAUCAGCUGUAGAUGCUAGGAAGAAUAUAAUUACUGUACCCAUGACUAAAUACUUGACCUUCCCACAUAGAUCUGAUGGCGAUUAUGGGGCAGCCAAGGUGAUGCUUAGACCUGCUUCACCUGGUACCGGAGUGAUUGCUGGAGGUGCUGUGAGAAUCGUCCUUGAAAUGGCAGGUGUUGAGAAUGCUUUGGGAAAGCAAAUCGGAAGUAACAAUGCCCUCAAUAAUGCUAGAGCAACAAUUGUUGCAGUGCAGAAAAUGAGGCAGCUCCGGGAUGUUGCUUGUGAACGUGGGAUACCAAUGGAAGAACUGUGGAAGUGAUUUAGAAGUUGCUUAGUUGAUCACUUUAUUCUCCCUUUUGUACUGUAGAUUCUGUGCAAUUUUUGCAAUGCAAACAGCCAAAAACAAAAUUCAGACAUGUAUUUUUGGAGCAAAUCGGCAACUCAGAUUGUAUAAUUUAAUUCAAUUUGUUUCCUUUUAAUGCAGCAUUAAGCUUCUAUGA